AUGGAGGAGCUACCUGAUUCUGGGGACGGGCCCGUGGACGAGGCUGCGGGGAUCUGGGAUUGGGGGAACCUGCUGGACUUCACCAUAGAAGCUGAAGAGCCGUUUAUGGCAUCGUGGGAGCGGGAGGACGGGGACCUUCAGGCUUCGUCGCCUCCCUCAGCGCCGAUUCCUCAUGAGCCAUUCCAGGAGUCGUCGCCGGGGUCUUCGAUCCAGACGAGUACGACUGCGGGGGAGGCGAGGACCAGCGCAGGUGGCCCGAGUCGUGUUCGGAAACGAGAUCCGAGGCUGGCGUGCGAGAAUUUCCUCGCGGGUAGAGUCCCCUGCGCUUGUCCAGAGCUUGAUCGCAAGGCGGAAGAGGAGGAGGAGCAGGCAGCGAGGGCUGUCGCUGGUGCAGGGAGGAAAAAGGUGAGGACAGGGGGGACGACGGGUGUCGCACGGUGCCAGGUUCCCGGGUGCGGAGCUGAUAUUAGAGAGCUUAAAGGCUACCACCGCCGUCACCGGGUAUGCCUAAGAUGUGCGAAUGCAUCGUCGGUGCUUUUGGACGGCGAGCUCAAGCGCUACUGCCAACAGUGUGGCAAGUAAGGGUUAUUUUUCUUUUUUCUAAACAGCGUCACUUUUCUUCAAUUAUGGCGGCAGUACAAUUUACUUUCCUUGCACUGCGAUUAAUUUGAAAGAAAAGAGGGGAAGUUGAAUUUUGUCGAUUCAUCUGAACUAUCACCGAUGUUGGGAAAUCAAAAAUGGAAAAUUAGAUACGCAAUUGUGCUUAAACACCCAAGAUAGCUGGCAAAAUUGAAAGGCAAACCUAAACUGUUAAUUACCGGUAGACUUCUUUGUUAGCCAUCCCCGGAGAAUUCAGCUCAAAACUGCUGGGCUUCAUAACUUAUAUGCUCUGUGCAUUUUAUGUUAAUGAAUUGCUGUGCUGUUUGCCUUCAAACCUGAAAGAAGGAAUAUCGACUUCUAUGCGUAGUAAACUCGUAUGUUAUUUUGGAGACACUAACUAGUGGAUUGUUGAAAUUUAGCUUAUUGUUAUUUAUUCCUAUGUGAUGUAUCUCUUAUAUUUCAUCAUCUUCUCAAUUUGCUACCUUUUCGUGAUUUUUUUGGGAAAAAGAAAAUUGAUCAGGAUCAUCUUUCGUCAAUGCAGCAUUUCAUCUUGGGUAAACCCAGAGAAUAACAUUUCGUUACUAACUUCCAGGUUUCAUGUACUGCCUGACUUUGACGAAGGUAAACGUAGUUGUAGAAGAAAACUAGAACGGCAUAACAGAAGGAGGAGAAGGAGAUCAGUUGAUCACAACAGUUUGGCGGAAAAUGAAAAGGAGCCUCUAGUCAGCGUUCUAUCAGAUGUUGCUUGUGAAGAUGAACCAACAAACGGUGAGAGUCGAUUGAGGUUGUCCAAAAUCGUGUUUCAUUAUAUGCUGUUUUUUUUAUUCUCCUUGUUGAGGAACACAGAAAUGGAACAAAUGCACCGUAGAAAAUCCUGAAAACACCUGUAAAUUCUUCUAGUUUUAUGUAAUGAAUUUGGCCAUGUCACAUAAAAUUUGAAAAGGCAUAUUAAGUUCAGGCAUUUUCAGGCAGUGAAUUCAAUUAGAAGUGCAGUUGCUUUUGGAUCACUCAGUUUGGCAUUUUAUUCUACCCUUUCUUUAGUUAGUUUAUCUAAGUUAUCUUCCUAAUUUGUAUUUACAUGUCUAAAGGAAGUGUUUUUAAUAAUUUCCAUGCGUGGUUCAUGUACUACUUUUACUCGAUUUAGGCUACCAUUAAUUAGGUUUCAUCAUUUAUGCAUUCUACAUUAUUGGAGUCUGCAAUUUUUUGUAAGUGACAUGCAUAAACUAUUUUUUGCAAGUGUCAUGAAGGUAAUGUUAAGGUUGUUACUGUUACUUCCUCUCUCCUCUUUACCUUUGAAUUGUUUCCACUUUUACUAAUGAAUGCUUGAUGUUGCCACCCUAUUUCUUAGCUUCCUAUAGGAAAGGCUUCAUCAGAUCUUUGGUCAACGACAUGAAGAGAAUUGAAAGUUCCGAUUUUAUCAUGGGAUUUGCAUUCUUUAUUAUCUGCAUUAUUGCAAACUUCAAGGGACUUUUUGUGUUGGCGGAUUGCUUCAUGGGGGGUCGUGACACUAUAUGACAUUCUUUCAAAAGUUAACUGCUUAGAGGGUUACUCCCCUGGCAAUUAAUCGUGUGACUCUUCCCCCUCUCUUUUCGAUACUCCAUGCAUUAUGCCAAAGAGAAGAAUGACUAGGCUCUACUUCAAGGGAGACGAUACUAAGAGGUGUUUUGUUAUAGAUGAUUGAAAGCAGACUUUGUGGGAAGAGAUGUCAUGGUCUUAUGUUAUAGACUGUUGAGGGUAUUGGUAUUACCUUCUAAAAAAGUGGCUUUUAUAGGAAAUAGACCAUUGACUCUUCAGUCGAUUGGGAGCAGAGUUACAUGGUUAUGGAUGAUUUCUUGCUGCCGCUACAAGAUUUUUAGGCAUUUCGUGGUCAUUUGACGUUUUAUCUGAAAAGCUUAUUGGCAAAACUGAAUGCUGAGUGAAUUCGUCGGACUUCACUAAAACUCCAAAAAGGCUCCAAAGCUAGAAGUAAUGUGACACAUAUCUCGACAGAUAAUGAUACGAAUGUAAUUAUGGCCACAGGAAAGCCACUAAGAUGGAGAAUUCAACUAAUUCGCCUAUUCCAUUGUAACGAAAUUAGAGAGUGUGAUGAGUUUGUAAUCAAAAUAUUUGAAGAAGUUUCUCUUAUUGAUUAGCAUUUAUCAACAACAUGAUAAUUGGGUGAGCUUUACAUGAUUUGUGUUUCUAGGAUAGAAGAAUCUGGGUCGAUCAACAAGUUUCAUGCAAUGUACAAUGGUUCUUGAAGAUUGUCUCUCUGAUUAUCUAGUAUUGGACAGUAUUUUCAGUUUCAUAAAGAAGUUCUGUCCACUCACUUGAAGCACAUAAGUCAUCGGGUAGAAAUUUCCCUGACCUUAGAAUAAUUUUUUUUAUUGUGUUCCAUACAAUAGGUCGUGUGCUUUGGAGAAACGAAAAAAGGAUCUCUUUUUGAAAGGCUGGAAUCCUAUACUAAAGGUAAAUGAGUAAAUCGGGGAUGAAGGAGAAUAUGUAAAGACUCACAAACAGCACCUCAUGCUCUAUAUACGGAAAUUAGAAAGACUUCCUGCCUCACCCAAGACUGAUGCAUUAAGAAGCUUCAUUAAAAGCAAAGCAUUCAUUGACUCCUAAGAUUUUUGAUAAAGCAUGCACAAUCAUAACGAUCCGAUCCCUGGCUUCCUUGAGUCAGUGAUUACAACAAUCAUUAGAAAAGCUCAAUUAUCAAUGCUCUUUAUUGUGUGAUCCAGAAAUCUCUCAGCUCCUUGAAUUCCUUUGUUGCACCUAGAUUUCAGUCAGUGUUAAGAACCUCCAUCUUUUCUCCUCAUAGUUUUUUCUCAAACAAACGUUUAAAAAAUAUGUAUCCUAAAUUAAUCUCUUUUUUUGUACUAGAUCAUGAUCCAUAUAUAUGGAAAAUAAUUGUUUUGUUCUCUUUGCAGUUGAUAGCGAAUUGUCAAAUGGAAUUUCUGGUGGUUUGAAUGGUCUUUUUGUGAUCAACAAAACUGUUGGAACCGAUACAUCAUUGGAACCUGAAGACAGAGAUACUUCUCCCGGUCUUUCUGUUCCUAGUUUCCAUACUAUUCAGAGUAAUAACACUGCAUCUUUUGUGGCUUCUGAUGAAACUCAAACAGAAGAAAAAAUCGAGAAAACCAAGUCCACUAUUUCUUCAUCAUUUUGUGAAAAUAAGAGUAAUUAUUCAUCCAUGGUAGGUGUACACUAUCUUGACUUCUGUAAUUUCCUUUCCUGUCUCAAUUCAGGUCAUGCUUUCUCUAACUAGGAGAAUAUGUUAUAUUACGUGAUUGCAGUACCCAACAGGUCGUGUAUCAUUCAAGCUAUAUGACUGGAAUCCUGCUGAAUUCCCAAGACGGCUCCGACAUCAAGUACAUUUAUAAGUUUAUAAAUGCAGUUUAGUAUUUGCAAGGAAUUUUGUAUUUUAACUGAUGCUUCUGGUUCUUUACUGACGGGUUAUUUUUUACUCCAAAUUUUUAGAUCUUUCAAUGGUUGUCAAGCAUGCCUGUAGAGUUGGAGGGGUAUAUACGUCCUGGAUGUACCAUUCUGACACUCUUCAUUGCAAUGCCACAGUCUAUGUGGGAUAAGGUGGGAUUUGAUAUAUUUUACGUUCUGUUCUUGAACUACCUUAUGGUAUUUGAUGUUCAAUAUAUGUGUGUCAUGAAGCAAAUAGUGUGCUGGAAUUGUCUCUAGCCAAAAUGAUGAGGGAUACAUGGGGGUUUUGGCAAAUCACUUUGUUCAUCCACCAAUGACCAUGAUACCCUUGAUAUGUCGAAAAUCUUUUUAUUGUUGGAGAUCAUGCAUUCUCUGCAGCACUCUGAUUCUGAUCCAAAACAGUCAUAUAUCUUAAUCUGAGGUUUGGGGGAGUAGUAAACCCUCUCCAUGAAGUGGAAAAUAAAAACCCCAACUAGGACUUGAGUAAGUAUGACUUGGAUCAGCUGUGACCCAGCAGAAGUUGAUUUUUUAGCUCUUGCCUGAAGAAGGCAGAGGAAAAUGAGGACUGACGUAGAAAUUGAGGAAGAAGUUGGAAGAGGAAUAAAAGUGCUGGUCUCUGGUCGCUGUGGGUUGUCUUCCUUCCAUCUUUCACUGUUGCGCUGCUCAACCUCCGACUGUUGCACGGCUCCCUCCUAAUUUUUACUUUAGUUGCGUUCUCUUUGACUAUAGUACUUUUUCUGUGUACUUUAUUAAUUAUGAGAGCGAUCUUUUUGUUUUAUUUCCUUUCACCCCAAUUGGGCUUUUCCCUCAGAUCAGCUGAUUUUGUCAAUCCAACUGGGUUGGAAUGACUAGCAUUAGUAUAUCUUAUUUUUAAUGGCAGGCUCAUUCACACGAAUGUUGUCUUGUUAAAAUUCUUUUUUUUUAUUUGUAAACUUUCCUCAUUUUGUGACGUUUCGGUAUUAUAGUUAUGCCACACAAGUCUUCUCUGAUUCUUAGAUUUCUUUUGUGUAAACUAUCAUAUGUAAAUAUCAUUAGCAUAACUUCCUUUGUUUUUUCCAAUGCUUUAUGAAAACUACUUACAUUACGGUUGCCCUUGUGCCAUGUAGAACUCUUACCCUUGUUGCGCUCAAAAUUGAACUCCUUGCAUGAAUACAAAUGCCUUUUUCUAUCUUUUAGUUCCAUUACCGCCUUACUGUCUACGUUGCUACAGUGCUAUGAACAUCUUAAUCGUUUGGUAUUCAUGCAUUAGUACAACCUUAUUGUUUUAUCUUCCUUCAAACUUUCGCUUAUCUAAGUUGUCAACAAGAUUUAGGGUCUGUUUUAGCUCUUUCUCGUCCGUAGUCACAAAUGAUUGAACUUUGUAAAGUAUGUUUUUAGUUAUAUGUUGUUUUUCGUGUUAACAUUAUUUAUGUUGCGGCGAGAACGCCUUCUAGAACGUCACUGAUUAUACUUUUCGCUGCAUACAGUUGUCCAAGGAGUCAGCAACCUACAUAAAUGAUUUGGUGAAGACACCAAAAAGUUUGUUUUCUGGGAGAGGAAACAUGUUGAUCUAUCUGAAUAACAAGGUUUUUCAGGUCAUGAAAGGUAAGCACAUGAUAUUCUCGAGUUGGCUGAUGUGAUGUCAUGUGCUUUUUUUACCCGCUUAAUUCUUUAGUCUAGUUAGUUUGGUAACUGCCUUCCCAUAAUGUCUUCGGAUACUGAUUUAUUUGUCUUCUACUAAAAAUCUUUUAACUUGAGUUUCAUAAAUGAAUGUUGUGUCUUAAUGUUGAAUGAUUCUAUAGUAUGUACUUUUUGAGUAAAAUUUCUUAUGUACAUAUUGCGAGUACCCGCUAAUGUUCUCUCAUUGUAAAGAUAAUUGCAAAUGAUCCCUGUUAAGUGGUUUGUACGGUUUAUACUUGCUCAAAUAAGUAAUGAAUAACUAGAUUAUCUUAUUCUCAUUGUUCACAACCCAUCAUACUAUCCAUUUUUUAUCAAAGUUUUCUACAAAAUUGUUUGUUGUGUACUCCGAGCUUUCUAUAGUUUGGUUUAUAAUUUUUGAACCAAAACGUAAUGGGGAUCUAUAUACCAGCUGGAGGACAUGCACACAGAACUUGUCAAUUCUGUGAAGGAUCAGGCUGAGGAGAGGGGGGGUAUUACGUUUUCUUUGUCCCUUUUAUCCAUCAUUGGUGAGGGAAACCCCUGGAGGAUUCCAUCCAAGUAAGGAACUAGGGAAAACAAAUCAUGGAGAUUAAAGCUACAGAUAAGAAGCAAUCAAGUACUUUGGUUGAAAAUGACAUUUAAAUCUUGAGUUUGCAUAAUCAUAUUAGAGAAAAUUCUUGUGGAAACUGCAUAUGAGCUUUUAUGAAGAUAGUGAAAGAUGUGACUGCAGACAUUAUGUGAAUAUACCAUAUGAGGCAAUAAGGUUCAUUCCCCCCCAUCUCCUCUCUUUUGUUUUUUUGAGUGUUCUCUCUCUCUCUCUUUCUCUCUCCUCGUGGACUGUUAUAUCUUCUAGCAGUUUUUAUUUUUCAAGACUUUGCUUUUUUGCAUUCUUCCUCGGAGCUUAUUUUUGGAAAACCUAUUGUGGGAGAUGACUGAGGAUCCAAAGGCUCGGUACUUUGAUGUGUUCCAUGGAGAAUCUACAGGUGUAGUUUUUCUGAAAUCAUUACUCUGCUGCAUCCACGAAGUUGCUACGAGGUGGCUUGGAAUUCUGUACCAUCUAUUCAUGGAUCAUGACUGAGAAAUGUGCUUGCCAACAUUUUAGGCGUACAUAUUUUCGAGGUCACUUUGAACUUAAGGGUCUAAAGCUUAUUUGUAAACGCUAACUUGCUUGAUGAUGCGAGGGAGUCUGUUAUGGAUCCAUUCAUUGUCUUUCCAUGUUAUAAUGUCUAUCGAAAUCUUGGAAUUUGUUAUAGUUAUGUAGGUCAUUUACACAAUUGCUCUAUUUGAAUUCUGUUCCAAUUCAAACAAAUGAUCACUAAAAGUUGUUCGAAGCGACUUAAAAUUGUAAUACAAUGGUUAGGUACGUUUAUGCUUUGGCUAUAGAAGAUACAGCUAUCUUUUUUUCACCUGCACGCCGUACAAAGCAUUGAAACCUUGCAAUGUCUUUUUUGUAAACCCUUUGUUAUCACUGAAGGGGACAACAGCAGCACAAUUUCGCUUGAAACUAUGUUCUCCUCAACUUGUAUUUGUGGUUUUUGAUGGGUCCCCUGAGUUAAAUGGAUUCCUUACGUAUGUGACUUACUCAUGUUCUUCUAGCUGGUUAGGAGCAUAUUUUUCCUACUCCUAAGGAGUCGAUUGAACCAAGUGUUGUGAGUUGCUGCAGUUGCCCUUGUGAAUCAUGUUUUAUGCAUCCACUUAGGUUUGGUUUUAUUCAUAUGCUCAAAUAUAAUUUUUAUCAUCAAAGGAUCGAAAUUUAAACUUUUUCUCUAUCAUGUAGAUGGAACGUUUUUGGCGAAUAUCAAGAUGGAGGUGCACGGGCCAAAGAUUCAUUAUGUCUAUCCUAAUUGUUUCGAGGCUGGCAAAUCUAUGGAGUUUAUUGUGUGUGGUAGUAAUCUACUUCGUCAUAAAUUUCGGUAUGUUAAGACUAAGCUACAUAAUUGUAGCAUCUAGGAUGCCUAGGACCUCACAUCUGAUCUCUUCUGCAUUUAUGUCAAAUCUAUCUUUCUUUUCUUCAUUAUAUCAGGGCAAAAAUUUGUGCCCACUGCUCUGACUUGUGCAUUAUUGUUCUGAUGACUGGUCCAUGCGUUUUCAUGAAUUACAUCCAUUCUGUUUGCCUGAUAUUUAGUUGGUUUUUAACUUUAAAGGGCAGAUCACCUGAUUUUUGUGGAUUAUUUCAUAUUGCAACCGUGGCCAACGUCAAUGGAUGGUUAUCUAAAUGUUUUUGGGUGAUGAAUUUGUCUUCUUGUGUUGUGUUUUACAGUGGAUUUCAUGUCUGUCCAUUUAAGGUCUUCAUGACCUGGUUUGCAGUUAUCUAGAUAUACUCUUCUGACAAAUGGCUGAAAACCAAUUUGUAGAUAGGUUGGUUGAAAGCUGAUUUGUAUUGGCCAGUUCGAUAUCAACCCACUAGAUCUUUGGACCCCCAACGUUAUGUCCGGGGAUCAGAUAGACAAAUAUUGGAUGUUUAUAUCUGUAAUUGAUACGAAGGGAUAUAAAUCUGUAAAGUGAAAAAAAAGAGGACAAAUGAAUCUCUCCUGGUCCCUCAGUUUUAUUGACGUGAAAAAAAGAGGAACAGUACAGCGUAGAUGAAUUAAAUAGAGUGGAUUGCCGAUUAUGGAUUUUGUGGUCAUAAUCGAAAUUCUCCUUUCUACGGUCCAGCUUUUAAUAAGUAAAUAAGAGGUAUUAGAUUAGAGAAAAUGAUAGGAACGUGUCUUUGGCCGAUCUUCCUUUUUAGGGCCUUGAAAAAAAGAACAAAUGCCUGCCAGCUUCAAACUACAGAAGAUGGCUAAACUGAGUAAAAUCAUUUUGGCCGGGGGUCUUCUGGGAUGAUGAAGUUUAUCAGCUUCUGUAGUAUCCAUGGAGGAAAAGAUUCCCUGAGAUCAAGGCAUGGCUUGACCCCUACGAUCUGCUGCCUAUCUUUGUAUUCUGGAACUAGUAGCUAACAUAGGCUACUUACUUUCUCCUUUAUGUUUUGGUGAGAACUAUGCAUCACUGAGCAGCACCUUGGGUUUUUUGACAACAGGAACGCAUAAAGAAUUUAACGAAGUGUCACAUCCAUAGCGGGCGGAAACUAUCAUGUUGGUAAAAAGAUGCAUUUUGCCUACAAGGGAUGGAUGCUAUCCACUAUCAAUAAGAAGAAAGUGGGGGAGAAGGGGGGGAGGGUGUGUUCUUCCAUAAAAGGAACACUAUUAUGGUGGAUAUAUCCUCUAUAUUUUUCUGAUUUGGGGGUUGAUUCUGUUCCUUUUUAUGCAUCCCUCGAUUAUUUUUCCUCAUGUGUAGCUCACAAUGUUUCGGAGUCCGGUUUGCCCCAUGUUUCUUUUAUAGCUAUUUUUUCUCCUCUUUACUUGUUUCUUUUACAAUUAUUUUUCUCCUCCUAGAAGAUUCCUUUAAAAUCCUCUGUAACCGGGAGAAAAAAGUCAUUGGAAUCGGUCUUAAGUGACGGGAGGAAUCUGAUUUCUUUUGUCAUUGCCACCAUAGCUGCUACAUAAAUUAUCGAUUGUUUUCCUGAAGGUGACGUGGCUGAGUCUUGGUUAAAGAUGCGGGCAUUCCAAGUUGCAGUUCUGUUGUCUCAAAAGCGACACGCGUCUCCCUUCUGUGUUCUGUGUUCUUUCAAAAAUAUUUUUCCUUAUUUUAAAAAUAUGAAAAAAGAUUUUGAAAAUGUUGUAUUCCUCAUCUCUUGUGCUCCAGGUAACAAGAAGGAAACAUUCAGGCAUCUACAUGAAUGGUUUUUAAAAUAUUGCCUGGAUGGAUUAUUCUUGACAUUUAUUAUAAUUGGUUUAAUGGACAUUUUUAUUCUGAAAUUUGAUUCCAUGCUGAUGAUCAGAUUUUCAUAAUUUCGUGAAAUAUCCCCUGCAUUGCAGAUUGCUCGUGUCUAUUUCUGGAAGAUACCUUAAUUAUGAGUUUUGUGGCGUCGUUUCUCACGGAAGAAUCAAGUCGUGCCACGAGAGUGGUGGAUACGACGCUCUGAAUUCUGAUCAUCAGAUGCUCAUGAUAAGAACCCUCAGCACAGAAGCAGACAUCCAUGGUCCUGGAUUUAUUGAGGUAAGCUACCUCUGCGGUAUAUCCGUUCUAGGCAUAUUUCAAAAGAUCCACUGGAAGUCAACCUCCAAGAAUAGUUGAUCCAUAUGUUUGACUUUUUUUAGUUCUGUGCACUUCACUAAAUGGAAAACGCUUUUUUAUUUAUUUAUAAAGUUUUCUGGUAGCAGAAAUUUCAAAAGUGAACCUUCGAAACAACCUGGCUUCUCAUCCAAUAGGUUCUUAGGACCUGCACUAACCUGUCAUAUAAAUGGUACUGUUGACCAUUUCGACGCAAAUGGUGUUAAUGACUCACCAACAUGCUGUGACAGUGUGGUCCCUCUCAUAAUAUGACCAAAGAAUGCCCAUUUUUCUGCAUGUUGUUGCUUAUUUCUCAUUUUGGCAGCAUUUUGUUGGGCAUGUAGAUACUAAAGCUCUCCUUUCCCCCCCUCUUUUUUCAGGUUGAGAACGAGUGUGGGACGUCAAACUUCAUCCCUAUCUUAUUUGGCAACCAGAACGUAUGCGCAGAGAUGAUGAGUCUGCAAGGAUCGGUCAACGGCGCUCGUACUUCAGACAUCGUCUCUCAAAGCGCAGAUGCAGGAUCGGUUCCCGAUCUGUGCAGGUGUCUCAUGUCAAGCCAGACUCCUACGUCCGACCUGCUCAUUGACUCUGCAUGGCUCCUGAAGAAGCCGACACCGGACAAAAAUGAGGCGCUUUCCACCAAGCUUCACAUUCGGAGAUUUAAUGGCUUACUGGAGCAUCUUCUUCGGAGUGGGUCGUCGAGUUUCCUAGAAAAUUCUCUGGACCGUUUGGAAGCCCUAGCGGCACAGAGGGAGCUGGAAGGCCUCUCAAGCACGGUAGACGACCCUGAGUUCGGACUGUUCGUUGACUACCUAAGCAAGGCCAAGAAGACCCUCCACCGAAACGGACGAGUCAAGGGAGAGUCCGAGGGAAAUCUGCAUGCUGUGGAGAAUGCCCACCAAGUGAGUACAUUUUUUCUUCCUCGCACAUUGAUUUCUCUCUCUAUGCGCCAUGAUCCGGUGAUUAUGAUCCAUUAGAUGGUAUUAUCAGUAUAGCUUUUGAAGACCAGAAUCUAGGACAAGUCGUUACCUUUUCGAAAACCCUCGUCAGCUUUCCAAAAUCUCGCAUGCCCGUUGACCCUCAGCAGGUGUUCUAUCAUCGCUCACCUUGCCCUUGUCUUUGACCAGAGCCGGCCGGCGACGAUGGCCCACCAGCACGCCUCCAGAGGCUGCUACGAGAGCGUCGCUUCCGUGAACAGGGAGACGACGACCACCCACAGGGACGAGUGCUACCCACUGCUGGCGUCCGAUUGGCAGCAGGACUCAUGGCUGCGCGCGUUCCCCGGAAGAACGACGGGCACUCGCCUGGCUCUGCUCACGAUGGUCAUGGUGGUCACCUGCUGCGGGGUCUGUGUCGCCUUUCUCCACCCUCACAGGGCCGGCGACUUCAUGAUCACCGUGCGCCGGUGCUUGUUCGGAGGCUCGGGCGGCAACGACGACGACCCCAAGUAG